AGAAGAUAAAAAAGUAAAAUAGGAGUAGGAAGUGAUUUGAAUGGAAUAUCCAUCACGAGAAGAAUAUAUCAAAUAGAAAAGUUUGAUUUUAUGUACAGAUGAAGUAAUAUGAAAAGUAAACAAAAGAAACUGAACCCAAACGUCAAACUGUAAAAAUUAAUCUAACUUCUUAACCAUUGGUUAUUUCAAUGUCAAUAUAUAUAUCCGAAAUAUUAAAAAAAAUACUUCUACUUUUAUUGAAGGCGCUAAUAGCAACAAGAAGCAAUCAUAAAAAUUAUGUUAUUGAAUGAAAAAUUGGUGAAAAACUUAUUACUAAGUUCUUAGAAAAAUAUUGUUAAGAUAUAUAUGACUACAAUAUUAUGUAAUGCAAAUAGAAUUAUGGCAUUAAUCUUAUUGUAAUAUAUGAGAAGCAACAAAUAGAUAAUAGAUGACGAUUUAAUCAACUACUUCAUAAGAGAGUCUUCCAGAACGACAGUAUUCGCUUUACAACCAAACCUCCACUAUGGCAGUUGCACUGAAGGAACUAUCUAAUUUUUUUCAAACAACUUUCGAGGAUCAUAGAGAUCCAAAGAAUGAAGACUUGUUUUGUUGUACAUUCACCUUCAUAUGUACAUUUAUACCGGCAUACUUCGCCAUUGUCAAAUAUAUUGGACCAGCCUUGAUGAAAAACAGACAACCUUUCAACUUAAGGAAUGUUUUAAUUUUUUACAAUUCUAUUCAAAUCAUUUUAAAUUUAUACAUAUUUUAUCAGACCAUUAUAGUGUAUCUAGGAUCUCCAGAUGUGAUAUGUAUCCAAACUACCGAAGAUAAAGUAUUUUCAAAGUUGAAAAGAGAAUAUUUCUACCUUAAAAUGUUAGACUGCGUUGAAACCGUGUUUUUUGUACUUAGAAAAAGCUACAGGCAGAUAAGUUUUCUACAUUUAUACCAUCAUAGUAUGAUAUUGUUUGGAGCCUGGUGCGGAAAUAGAUACUAUUGGGGAGAUUCUGUUCUCAUUAUUGCUUUUCUGAAUAGUUUCGUUCAUACAGUUAUGUUUGUCUAUUACCUCCUGACGUCUCUAGAUCCCGAAUGGAAAAAAAGCUUAAUAUUGAAGAAAAACAUCACUUUAAUACAAAUAGUUCAACUGAAUAUUAUGUGGAUAUAUUUCAUCAUAACACUUUUGAAACCAAAUUGUGUUGGUAAGGUAGAUACAUUUGUAGCCUACUUAUGGAUUUUCAACAAUAUUUUUAUGGUUAUAUUAUUUAUCCGCUUCUAUAUUAGAACUUACAUUAACAACAAAAAAACAAAAUAGAAAAAUACAACAAUUUAUUUCUGAUUAUACAAUUUUAGAAUAAGUAUCUAAUAUUUAAUAAAUGUCCACGUUUCUUGUCUUAUCUUAAUGAGGAAGUUGAAAUAUAUUAAGCGAUUGAAAUUAUUUCUUGAAUAAAAGUUCUCGAUUCUUGUUAUAGAAUUUAAAAAUAAAAACAAUGAUAUAGGUAUUUUCUUCAAGACAUUUUCAACAGACGGAAACGUGAUCGCAUAUAGAAACGUCUAUUUUGAGGAGAAAGCUGGCAACUAAAAUUUGGAAGGGUUAAAAGGGUUAAAGCAAUAAUUGUAUAUACCUGAAGGAGACUAUGUUGAAAAAUAUUUUGGAAAAAAGUAACUUGUUUCUAUCGUUUAUAUUGCGUUUAUAUAAUUUGUUUAGCAAGUAAUGUAUUUCGUAUUUACAACUGAUAUAAACUGAUGUAUCCACAUUUAGAAUGAAAUUGUAGGUGAAAAUUUAUAAAAGUUGUGUUUCUAUCCAACGCAUCGGAAAAAAUUCAUAAAUAUAGGUUUCUUCUAAUGGAAUUGUCAAGGGAGCAGGAUAGUUUUCUGGGAGAUCUUUGUACGCUGUCGCAAGCAGAGAUAGGGAGGUUUCCUCGUAGGCUCUAAGGAAUGAGGCCGUCUCGUAGGAAUGCAGGUUGCGAGAAGAGUGUUUUUAAUAAUGAAAUUGUUUGAUUCGAUAGUGCAAAUCAGGUAUCUGGCUUGUAGGUGGUUUGGAUGGCUCGAAAUGGGAGUUAUGUAAAUAUCGCCAUAAAGGAUAUUAUUGGAACUGAAACAGCUGUUGUAUUGGCAUUACCUGAGGAUGGUUGAAUAAGUUGCAGCAAUAGUUUGAUCAAACGAUUAUAGGACGUUUCAUCUCAAUUUUCGUCCGAGUUCCUUGAUGAGACCCUCUCUUCUCCACAUUCUAUCCAGACGAAGAGCUGGAAUAUCAUGAAUAUGAAUGAUGAUGUAUAGAAAGGGGUAGGCAGGUUCAUUGUGGGAUAUGAGGGUGAAUAGUUGAGAUAAGUAAUAACCGACUUUUUAAUGUAAGGAACGAUUAGUGAUAUAAGAAUAUAUCAAUUUUAUCAUCGGAUAUAAUAAUCGAAUGGUCAGAAACUUUCUAGCAAGUCUAGCAACCUAGAACUAAUCGAAAGUUUUCUUGGCAUCCUUGAAAACAUAGGCGGUGUAGUGAUGACGUUGUGACUAGAGUAUUUAGGCUUGAGUCCGAAUUGGAAUUUCGGAAUUUAUGCUGGUAUUCGAGUAAGAAUCGUUUUUGAGCAUCUCCAACAUCUAAGGAUGUACGAAAAUGCCAAAGAGACGUUGAAUAGGCCACAGAGCUAGGAAAAGGCUACUUUAGACAUGGAAAACUUUGCCUUGAUUGAUUGAUUCUAUCUUAUACCAUUCUUUCAACGUGUCGUCUGCAAGGAUCACGGCCCACUUCAUCAGCCUAUCAUUUCUUUAGCUUUUCUGAGGGUUCCUUGUACUAGUUGAGAUUCGUGUUCUAGACUCGGCGAACCACCCUGUUAUUUUCAUAACGUGGCUCUACUAAAGCGUUUGGCAACUUACAUCCCAUAAUACAUUUCUUUUGAAGCUUAUAAAUUGAGUUGUAUUCAUCUGAUUCAAAUCUUUCCAAGUUGGAAGUGUUCUAUCUUUCCUACAACAUCAAAUUGAUCAUAGUGGCCAACUUAAUUAGCUUUUCUACCGAUACAUUAUCUAUAAAGUAAUUUGGUCAAGUUCCUAGUAUAUUAUAGUGAACUAGGGCGUCGACAUGUGAUAUUCACUUUGUCUAACGAAUAACCAAAGGAAUAUUUUGAUGAAUGGUUAAAUAGAAAUUAUAGAUACAUUCAUCCUUUCAGUAAUUUUAGUGAAGUUCUAUCGUAUAAUUCCCAAUAAGCGACAAAAUUUUCGAAAAAGCUGUGGAGGUUAACACUAUAAAAUUUCAUAUAUCAUUUCAUCCCAUCAAUAUUGAACCUGAAAUUAACAUAUUGCCGUAUAUCUAAGAACGAAAAUUUUUCAUACAUCUAUAAAUUUUAAUAACAAUGGACUGUAGGAAAGUUCGAACUGCUGAAACGUGCAGAAUAACGAAUUCGCUUCAAUAACAAUAUAAAACUGAACAUUUAUUUCAAACUACGCAAUAUAAAAUUGCAAUACCAUUAAAUUGAGAAACAAGAAUAAAGUGUAAAUACGUAAAAAUAUACAGGGCUUUUUAUUCAAUUAUUUGUCUCAGUAUAAGUAGCCGAACAUAUUUUAGAAUAUUUUUAAAAAUGUAUAUUCCAAUUUUGUUCUCGUAUUGGAACUGAAUAAUUGGAGUUCUUCUCACUAAUGCUGCGCUAUGGAGAUCUCUUGUAGCGCUGUCAAGCCAACUUCAAAUAACAGAAAUGGCGAGCAGCAUCGUGUGUAAUAUUACACAAACCAUUUUUAGUCACAUAAGUCAAUUUCUAUAUAUUCAGCAAUCACACGAAUAGUCAGCCUAUGGUAGAUCAAACUUUUUGGACAUUUUUAUUCCUUUUUGACGUGGAAGGUCGACCCGAACUUGAAUCUAUUCAACAUGUUCUCAGCCAUCUUGCAAACUCUUAAGCUAAUCCAAACCAAAGGGAUACGACAAUAAUUCUUUGCUAUACACGCAACGCUCUCGUAUGCAUUACUUUUAUUGUUUAACCUACUAAUUGAUUACAAAAACAAAAGCAAAUAUUCUCAUUGCUUGUUGGAAUAGUUGUUAUGAAAUUGACGAUUAUUAGAUCCAAAUAGAAAAUAGACAUAAUUAACGACAUUCACAAAAUAAUAAUUAGAUUUUUUGUCUAUAAUAAUCAAUUAAUAUUUAAAUUUUUACCACUAUCGCAAUUUUUCAACCGUGAAUGUGAGUUGAUUGAUUUUGUCUUUGAGGUAUUCGUUAUUAAUAGAUUGAAAUUUUCGAGUUUCUGCAAUAUACCUCACUUAUCCUCUUGAUUUAGUAUUGGGUGAUCUCCCAGACCAAGUGUUAAAUUGCUUUUUUAGACGACGCCAUCUGAAAGUUGUUCGUUCUGUAUUCAUUUGCAUACCAAAAGUUUCGUUUUGGGUAGUGUAGUGGAAGUGACAGUUCUGUACUGCAAAACACGAUCUGGAGUAGAAAACUUCAACUUCUUAGAUGUGACUCUAGCUACUUAAAUAUUAACAGUUGACAGUAUCACUUUGAUGAUUUUGCAUUUUUUUAAAUUUUGAAUUUUCUGAAAUUAUUUGUUUUAUCCAAAGUUUAGUCUAAAUUAAUGAAUAACAAUGAAUGAUGAUGAAAAAGAAAACAACAGCAAUGAAGAGUUACUGCAAUCCACGCCACCUGAUCUCACUGAACAAAGCAAUGCGGCCGUUCUUAAUUCGUUGCCGGAUAAAUCUGGUGUAAGGUACGAAACACAGUACGAGCGCUUUAUGAAGUAGUGUCAUAUAAAAAUUAUAAAUAAAAUAUUA